GAUUUAGAUAAACCAAUUUUUAGGUUACGAUGUCAAUUAUUUGUUUACAUCUUAAUAUUUUAAAAACUAUUUAAUCUCAAUAUGAAUAUAGAAUUUGGAGAAUUGUGUCGAAUUUGCUUAUCAAAAGUAGACAAUAUGAAAUAUUUGCUUGAUUCCUCUACAGAAAUUACAGAGAUAAUUUCAAUGUUAUCUUCAAUUAUUAAUUCUGAGAUCAAUCUUAUGGAUUGUCUUCCAAGUUAUUUAUGUAAAACUUGUGAAGAGAAACUAAAGUUAUGUUUCGACUUUCAACAAAUGAGCCAAAAAUCCAAUAAUUUAAUUUUACAAUACAUAGAUACACCACUCAUAGUUAUUAAACAAAAAGAUCCAUAUAUUUCCAUUGCGGAAUUCACACCAAAUGAAAGUUUGAAAGUGGAAAAUAUCGAAACAGUGGAAGAAAUUUCUGUCCUUUACGAGAAUAACAAUAAUAGCUGUAGUGAUAAUGAAAGUAAAGAUGAAGAUUUUCCAAAAAAGAAAAUUGGAAGGAAUACAACAAAAAUUAAGCUCAGUCAGCAUGAUCCAAAUGAAGUAAUGAACAUUAUUAAGGAAACAAAACUAAAAUUUUAUGAAUCCAAAGAAUGCUUAUUGUGUAAUUUUACCGCGAUAAACAAUAGGACACUGUCUCGUCAUAUGACUAAAAAUCACAGUGAUUUUAAGGAUAAAUGGUGUCGGCAGUGUAAUAAAAUAGUUGAAAAUAUUUCCCAACAUGUAGAAACCGUUCAUAAAGAUGAUUUAAAAUGUAAAUUUUGUGGUAAAAAAUGUAGGAUGUCGAGCCAUUUUGUGGAACAUUUGAUGCAUCAUUGCGUUGAUCAUCAAUUCACAUGUGAAACGUGCAAGAAAUGUUUUACAACUAUCCGUCAUUUGAAAUACCACUUAAAAAUCCAUCAAAUAGUUUGCGAGAUAUGUUCCGAAACGUUUUUAAACAGGCGGUCUUUAUUGGCACACAAUAAAAUUCACAAUAUACUGAAAUGCAAAAUAUGCAAUGAAAAUUUUAAUAUUGAAAAAUUUGAUACACAUGUUUGCUUUCGGGGAGAAGGAAAAAACGAACAGGAAAGAGUUACUAAAUCAGAUUUCGAUAAAUUUUGCAUUGAUUGCAACGAGACAGUAGGUGACAUGGAUAAACACAUAAAAGCCCAACAUAAUAAAGGAGAUAACAUAAGAGGCCUUUGUACUUAUUGUGGGAAACAGUUCAAAAAUCAGUCAUAUUUAACGAUACAUCUACGAAGACACACCAAAGAUACACCGUUUAAAUGUAGAUAUUGCGACGUUACUACCGUAACCAAAGCACAUCUUCAGGAACACGAAAGGACUCAUACCGGUGAAAAGCCCUACAAAUGCAAAUUUUGCGGAAAAGCAUUUAUACAACGCAGUAUUUUAUCAACACAUUUGAAAAUUCAUACAGGUCGUACUGAACAAUGUCAUCUUUGUCCGAAAAAGUUUUGUAGACCAUCAGAAUUGCGAACUCAUAUGAGGAAACAUACUGGAGAGAAACCGUAUGCUUGCCAAUAUUGUGAUAGAACUUUCAUACAAAAAAGUCACUUAACAGAACACAUCAAAAUUCAUACUGAUGACAGACCUUUCAAAUGCCACAUUUGCGAUAAAGCCUUUAAGCAAUCCAGUACCUUGAAAGGGCAUAUUAGUGUGCAUGAAGGAAAGAACAUUUUCAAAUGCGGAAUUUGUUCUUAUACAUGUAAAAAAAAUUACAAAUUAACAUUACACAUUCAACAACAUCAAGAGACAAACUAUAAAUGCGAGGUAUGCGAAGAAAUUUUUACUGCCGAAGAGGAUUUAAACGUUCAUCAGAAUACUAUUCAUGAAAAUAUGGAAAUUGUUUGCGAAGAUACAGUAAAUUUCAAAUAUGAAAAUUAUUCGAAAGAGCGUGAAAUUAUGGAGUAGUAAAUUUUUAGUAAUCUGAAAUUUUACAUAUGAGCUUGAAAAUAAUGAAUAAGAAUAAAGUUGUAAAUUCGAUUGCAAAAAUAAAUAAUUUUUUCAGUACUAAACCUGUUUUAAUUUUUUUCUGAUGAUCCUUUCCCUUUAGUAUAUAUUUACAUAUAGUUUCAGGAUAAUUAAACAUUUAUAAGAAUGUUGAUUCAUCAUGAAAGGUUUUUUCUACACGUAAUUUGAGUAUAAUUGAGAAUAUAACAAAAAAAACUGUAAUGUUUUUCUC